GCGCCGCUGCAGGCUGGCCCCCUGCGGCUGCCUGCGGGGCGGCGGCGGACGGACUGCCGGGAUGAUCCGGUUUCGGAGCUCAAGCAUCAGGUCGCUGAGCGCGGAGAUGAAAUGCACCGUGCGGCUGCUGGACGACUCCGAGAUCUCCUGCCACAUCCAGAGGGAAACCAAAGGUCAGUUUCUUAUAGAUCACAUCUGCAACUAUUACAGCUUGCUGGAAAAAGACUAUUUUGGCAUUCGAUAUGUUGACCCUGAGAAGCAGAGGCACUGGCUUGAGCCUAACAAGUCCAUCUUCAAGCAAAUGAAAUCUCAUCCACCAUAUACCAUGUGCUUUAGAGUGAAGUUUUACCCACAUGAACCACUGAAGAUUAAAGAAGAGCUCACCAGAUACCUCUUAUAUCUACAAAUAAAAAGGGACAUUUUCCAUGGCCGUUUGCUGUGUUCCUUUUCUGAUGCUGCCUACCUGGGUGCCUGUAUUGUCCAAGCUGAGCUUGGUGAUUAUGAUCCCGAUGAACACCCAGAGAAUUAUAUCAGCGACUUUAAGAUUUUUCCUAAGCAGUCACAAAAGCUUGAGAAGAAAAUAGCAGAAAUGCAUAAAAAUGAAUUCAGGUGCCACAUCUUGUUCCACUUGAUGUCACAAAACCACUAUAGUUUCAGAGGCUAUAGAGGUCAGAGCCCAGCUGUUGCUGAAUUCAACUUGCUCUUGAAAGCAUAUUCUUUGGAAACUUAUGGUGUUGAUCCUCAUCCAUGCAAGGACUCAGUCGGGACAACUACAUUUCUAGGAUUCACAGCUGCAGGAUUUGUAGUUUUCCAAGGGAAUAAAAGAAUUCAUUUAUUAAAAUGGUGUGAUGUCUAUAAACUAAAAUUUGAAGGGAAGACUUUUUAUGUGUUUGGAGCUCAGAAAGAGAAAAAGGCUAUGCUGUCAUUCCACACGUCCACACCAGCGGCUUGCAAGCAUCUGUGGAAGUGUGGGGUGGAGAACCAGGCUUUUUACAAGUAUGCAAAAUCCAGUCAGAUUAAAACGAUGUCCAGCAGCAAGAUAUUUUUCAAAGGCAGUAGAUUUCGAUAUAGUGGAAAAGUAGCCAAAGAGGUUGUGGAGGCAAGCUCUAAAAUCCAGAGGGAACCUCCUGAAGUUCACAGAACCAGCAUUACCCAGAGUCGCAGCUCUCCCUUGUUGAACAAGCAACUCAUAAUCAACAUGGAACCUCUGCAGCCUCUCCUUCCUUCUCCUUGUGAGGAGGAAGACAUUCCAUUAGAUGAAGGUAUCCAACUGCCAAAGGAAGAUGAGAUUUCAGUACCUGUGACUUCAAGCUCCCCAGUUAAGGAUAAUGGGGAGAAUGUUGAUCUUGACACUGAACAGGAAGAGAUGAUGAAAGAGGAACCAUUAACCAUCUCAGAACUGGUAUACAAUCCUAGUGCCAGCUUACUGCCCACCCCUGUUGAUCAUGAGAUUGACAUGCUUUUUGAUACCUGUCCGAGAGCAGAGAAUGAGAAAGAUGAUACAGAUUCAUUUGAGGAACUUGAAGCGGAUGAAAAUGCAUUUUUAAUUGCAGAGGAGGAAGAACUGAAAGAAACUCGGAGAGCACUUAGAUGGAGCUAUGACUUUCUAAUGGGCAACAUAGAGGUGAAUGCUUUUGUGAAGAGUUUCUCCAGACUUUUUCUUGUAGGCCUUGGACUGUUGUUGUUUGUGUUUCCUCUUUUCCUUGUUCUCUUGGAGUCGGACCUUCAAAUCUCUUUCCUCCAUGAAAUCCGUCAGACGCCGGAAUUUCAACAGUUUCAUAUUGAAUAUUACUGCCCCCUUAGGCAGUGGGUGGCUUGCAAAAUAAACUUCAUGCGUGAUAUGCUGGGCAGCUUUUAAAUUUUGCAUAAUAUGGUAUAACUAAGGGCUAUAUUCAAAAUUUCAGUUAGUGCCAGCUUUCCAUAAUGCCCCUGGACCCAUCAGUUGAUAGCUGCCUUCAUAUAUACAGCUCUUUACAGACUUUUCAGGUUCCUAAAUUCCCUUUACAUAUUUAAAUUACUAAUUUUGUUACAGGCUUAUACAAUCACCUUUCAAUAACCAAAAAGAAGCUUUAUUUUAAUUACAUUUCAGAAUUCCUGCUCAUCUAUUACAUUAUAUUAGAGAGAGUCACAAUAAGUUUAAUUGUCCUUAACUUUUCAAUCCAUGACACUAAAACUGAUGAUACUGAAAGAAAAUCUUUUUGAAUAUACUCCUUAGUGAAACAAUCUCUUCUAACCAAUGCCUAUACAAGCAAUGUUUAUGCUGGGUUUUUGUUUUUUGUUUGUUUUUCUGUUUGUUUGGUUUUUACAUUUUUAUGUGUUUAAAAUACUUUGGUAAAUUUUUAGCAAAAGACAAUUUAUGAUGUCGUUUAAAUGUACACAUUGGUAAGAAUAAUACACAAGGGCAUGUGGGGUGUUUUUAGUGGUUUAGCAUUUAUUUGUUUUUAAACAACUGGCUGUAGAAUGAAUGAGUUUAAUGUAGUUCUAUACAGAGGGAAACACAUAGAAAGUUCACUCAAGUUCAGUAGAGACUGCCUGGGCAAGGUGAAAGACAGCAAGUACACAGGAGAAUUUCUGAAAGGCAGAGCUGUAAAGCUUGGAUAAGCGAGCAGAAUUGAAAUGAUCCUUUUAUCUGUUAGGUUGUGUUCCACUUUAUCAGUGCUGUAGAAAGUCAAUACAAGACAGUCCAAGUGCGUUUAGAAGGAUACAGAGUUUUCAGUCUAUAUGUAGAUUAUUGUACAUAACAUGGAAAACAAUAUUAGUAACUAG